AUGCCAGAUCUUUGCCAAUCUGCCUCACUGAAAGAAAUGCACUGGAAAACUUUGGUCGCAUCAAUCUUUCUUUGGUGCUUUACAUACGCUGUUGAUAUCACGCAAGACACUGUGUUGUUGAGCCCUAUCAACUUACAGCUUGGAAGUCUUCACGUUUACCCAGAUGUAUACUAUUCUAUUGUGAACAAUUUGCUAACAGCUAUCACUGGCAAUCUUCAAGUUGAUUCUGGUGGUGCUUUUUAUGUCACCGCCACGAAUUUGUUGGCAGCCUCUGCCUCCUUAACUUCUGGGACAUUACUUAACAAUGGUGAUAUUGCUUUCAAUUCUACUCGCUCCACAGUUGUCAGUUCUUAUAGUAUGAUUUCCAUUGGAAGUUUUGUCAAUAAUGGAAAUAUGUGGCUUGGUACGGCAAGUUUUUCCUUGACUCCUCCAAUCACACUUGGAUCAGCUACCUCUUUUACGAAUAAUGGUAAGAUCUAUAUGAGACAAGAGCGGGGCCUUCCCUCGCUCUUAUCUAUUACCAAUACUUUAGGAACGGUGAAUAACGCGGGUACUAUUUGUUUCUACAAUUUGCAAUGGGACCAAACCACUUAUAUCCUGGGAUCCGGUUGCAUUAACGUCAUGAGGAGUUCAACCUUCGAACUAAAUUUUGCCCUGUACAACAUAGGCUCCAACCAGAAAAUCUACUUGUCGGACCCAACUUCGAAACUCGAAAUUGCUGGAUUAUCCAAUUCUUUAACAGGCGCUUCUACUUAUACUGUUUAUGGAUUCCAAAAUGGAAACAUCAUCCAAGUGAGUCUUGGCUUUUCUACCUACAGUUACAACUCCAAUUCAGGUGUUCUUACCCUUUCUUUCUUUUUCGGAGUUUUCCGCAUCAACAUUGCUAUUGGAAGCGGCUACGAUACGAAUCAGUUUGAUACAAACGGUAUACUAAAUGCUGGUACUCAGAUUUGGUACACUGGAUCAACACCCAAUGUGGCACCAUCCAUCUGUUCAUGUCAAGCCUUUCCUGACCCACCCGUGAAUGAAAUAAGCUCCACAGUCCAGUCGUCCUCUUCUACUCAAGAAUCGUCUUCAACUCAAGAAUCAUCUUCUACCGAAGAAUCGUCUUCUACUGAAGAGUCGUCUUCUACUGAAGAAUCGUCUUCUACUGAAGAAUCGUCUUCUACUCAAGAAUCGUCUUCUACUGAGCAGUCAUCUUCUACCGAAGAAUCCUCCUCUACUGAAGAAUCGUCUUCUACUGAGCAGUCAUCUUCUACCGAAGAAUCGUCUUCUACUGAAGAAUCGUCUUCUACUGAAGAAUCGUCUUCUACUGAAGAAUCGUCUUCUACUGAAGAAUCGUCUUCUACCGAAGAAUCGUCUUCUACUGAAGAAUCAUCUUCUACUCAAGAAUCGUCUUCUACUCAAGAAUCGUCUUCUACUGAGCAGUCAUCUUCUACCGAAGAAUCCUCCUCUACCGAAGAAUCCUCCUCUACUGAAGAAUCGUCUUCUACUGAGCAGUCAUCUUCUACCGAAGAAUCGUCUUCUACUGAAGAAUCGUCUUCUACUGAACAAUCGUCUUCUACUGAAGAAUCGUCUUCUACUGAGCAGUCAUCUUCUACCGAAGAAUCGUCUUCUACUGAAGAAUCAUCUUCUACUCAAGAAUCGUCUUCUACUCAAGAAUCGUCUUCUACUGAGCAGUCAUCUUCUACCGAAGAAUCCUCCUCUACUGAAGAAUCGUCUUCUACUGAGCAGUCAUCUUCUACCGAAGAAUCGUCUUCUACUGAAGAAUCGUCUUCUACUGAACAAUCGUCUUCUACGGAAGAAUCGUCUUCUACUGAGCAGUCAUCUUCUACCGAAGAAUCGUCUUCUACUGAAGAAUCGUCUUCUACUCAAGAAUCGUCUUCUACUCAAGAAUCGUCUUCUACUGAGCAGUCAUCUUCUACCGAAGAAUCGUCUUCUACUGAAGAAUCAUCUUCUACUCAAGAAUCGUCUUCUACUGAGCAGUCAUCUUCUACCGAAGAAUCGUCUUCUACUGAAGAAUCAUCUUCUACUCAAGAAUCGUCUUCUACUGAGCAGUCAUCUUCUACCGAAGAAUCCUCCUCUACUGAAGAAUCGUCUUCUACGGAAGAAUCGUCUUCUACGGAAGAAUCGUCUUCUACUGAAGAAUCGUCUUCUACUGAGCAGUCGUCCACUCAACAAUCAUCUAGUGAACAGGCAUCAUCAGAGUUUCCUAACUUGACAACUUACACUACAACCUGGACCACCACCAAUUCCGAUGGAUCAGUUGAGACCGACUCUGGUGUCGUUAUUGUUAGCACCGACUCUGCGGGUUCGUUCUUCACCACUACUUCUGAGUUUCCUAACUUGACAACUUACACUACAACCUGGACCACCACCAAUUCCGAUGGAUCAGUUGAGACCGACUCUGGUGUCGUUAUUGUUAGCACCGACUCCGCAGGUUCGUUCUUCACCACCACUUCUGAGUUCGCUGGAAUAGUGACUUCUUACACUACAACCUGGACCACCACCAAUUCCGAUGGAUCAGUUGAGACCGACUCUGGUGUCGUUAUUGUUAGCACCGACUCCGCAGGUUCGUUCUUCACGACUACCUCUGAGUUCCCUAACUUGACAACUUACACUACAACCUGGACCACCACCAAUUCCGAUGGAUCAGUUGAGACCGACUCUGGUGUCGUUAUUGUUAGCACCGACUCCGCAGGUUCGUUCUUCACGACUACCUCUGAGUUCCCUAACUUGACAACUUACACUACAACCUGGACCACCACCAAUUCCGAUGGAUCAGUUGAGACCGACUCUGGUGUCGUUAUUGUUAGCACCGACUCCGCGGGUUCGUUCUUCACGACUACUUCUGAUUUCCCAAGAUCUAUUGCGGGAACUGAAUACACUACAACCUGGACCACCACCAAUUCCGAUGGAUCAGUUGAGACCGAUUCUGGUGUCGUUAUUGUUAGCACCGACUCUGCGGGUUCGUUCUUCACGACUACCUCUGAGUUCCCUAACUUGACAACUUACACUACAACCUGGACCACCACCAAUUCCGAUGGAUCAGUUGAGACCGACUCUGGUGUCGUUAUUGUUAGCACCGACUCUGCGGGUUCGUUCUUCACCACUACUUCUGAGUUCCCUAACUUGACAACUUACACUACAACCUGGACCACCACCAAUUCCGAUGGAUCAGUUGAGACCGACUCUGGUGUCGUUAUUGUCAGCACCGACUCUGCCGGUUCGUUCUUCACCACCACUUCUGAGUUCGCUGGAAUAGUGACUUCUUACACUACAACCUGGACCACCACCAAUUCCGAUGGAUCAGUUGAGACCGACUCUGGUGUCGUUAUUGUUAGCACCGACUCCGCAGGUUCGUUCUUCACGACUACCUCUGAGUUCCCUAACUUGACAACUUACACUACAACCUGGACCACCACCAAUUCCGAUGGAUCAGUUGAGACCGACUCUGGUGUCGUUAUUGUUAGCACCGACUCCGCGGGUUCGUUCUUCACGACUACUUCUGAUUUCCCAAGAUCUAUUGCGGGAACUGAAUACACCACCACAUGGACGACGACCAAUUCCGACGGAUCAGUUGAAACCAACUCUGGUGUCGUUAUUGUUAGCACCGACUCUGCAGGUUCGUUCUUCACUACUACGUCUGAGUUCCCUAACUUGACAACUUACACUACAACCUGGACCACCACCAAUUCCGAUGGAUCAGUUGAGACCGACUCUGGUGUCGUUAUUGUUAGCACCGACUCCGCAGGUUCGUUCUUCACGACUACUUCUGAUUUCCCUAACUUGACAACUUACACUACAACCUGGACCACCACCAAUUCCGAUGGAUCAGUUGAGACCGACUCUGGUGUCGUUAUUGUUAGCACCGACUCCGCAGGUUCGUUCUUCACGACUACGUCUGAGUUCCCUAACUUGACUAGUUACACCACGACAUGGACGACUACUAAUUCCGACGGUUCGUUCGAAACCGACUCUGGAGUCGUCAUUGUGAGCACCAACUCUGCGGGUUCGUUCUUCACUACUACGUCUGAGUUCCCUAACUUGACUAGUUACACGACGACAUGGACGACUACUAAUUCCGACGGUUCGUUCGAAACCGACUCUGGUAUUGUGAUCAUCAGCACCAACUCUGCGGGUUCGUUCUUCACUACUACCUCUGAGUUUCCAAAGUCAAUAGCGGGAACCGAAUACACCACGACAUGGACGACUACUAAUUCCGAUGGAUCGGUCGAAACCGACUCUGGAGUCGUCAUUGUGAGCACCAACUCUGCGGGUUCGUUCUUCACUACUACGUCUGAGUUCCCUAACUUGACUAGUUACACGACGACAUGGACGACUACUAAUUCCGACGGUUCGUUCGAAACCGACUCUGGUAUUGUGAUCAUCAGCACCAACUCUGCGGGUUCGUUCUUCACUACUACCUCUGAGUUUCCAAAGUCAAUAGCGGGAACCGAAUACACCACGACAUGGACGACUACUAAUUCCGAUGGAUCGGUCGAAACCGACUCUGGAGUCGUCAUUGUGAGCACCAACUCUGCGGGAUUGUUCUUCACUACUACGUCUGAGUUCCCUAACUUGACUAGUUACACGACGACAUGGACGACUACUAAUUCCGACGGUUCGUUCGAAACCGACUCUGGUAUUGUGAUCAUCAGCACCAACUCUGCGGGUUCGUUCUUCACUACUACCUCUGAGUUUCCAAAGUCAAUAGCGGGAACCGAAUACACCACGACAUGGACGACUACUAAUUCCGAUGGAUCGGUCGAAACCGACUCUGGAGUCGUCAUUGUGAGCACCAACUCUGCGGGAUUGUUCUUCACUACUACGUCUGAGUUCCCUAACUUGACUAGUUACACGACGACGUGGACGACUACUAAUUCCGAUGGAUCGGUCGAAACCGACUCUGGUAUUGUGAUCAUCAGCACCAACUCUGCGGGAUCGUUCUUCACUACUACGUCUGAGUUCCCUAACUUGACUAGUUACACCACGACAUGGACGACUACUAAUUCCGAUGGAUCGGUCGAAACCGACUCUGGAGUCGUCAUUGUGAGCACCAACUCUGCGGGAUCGUUCUUCACUACUACGUCUGAGUUCCCUAACUUGACUAGUUACACGACGACGUGGACGACUACUAAUUCCGAUGGAUCGGUCGAAACCGACUCUGGUAUUGUGAUCAUCAGCACCAACUCUGCGGGAUCGUUCUUCACUACUACGUCUGAGUUCCCUAACUUGACUAGUUACACGACGACAUGGACGACUACUAAUUCCGAUGGAUCGGUCGAAACCGACUCUGGUAUUGUGAUCAUCAGCACCAACUCUGCGGGAUCGUUCUUCACUACUACGUCUGAGUUCCCUAACUUGACUAGUUACACGACGACGUGGACGACUACUAAUUCCGAUGGAUCGGUCGAAACCGACUCUGGAGUCGUCAUUGUGAGCACCAACUCUGCGGGUUCGUUCUUCACUACUACGUCUGAGUUCCCUAACUUGACUAGUUACACGACGACAUGGACGACUACUAAUUCCGAUGGAUCGGUCGAAACCGACUCUGGUAUUGUGAUCAUCAGCACCAACUCUGCGGGAUCGUUCUUCACUACUACGUCUGAGUUCCCUAACUUGACUAGUUACACCACGACAUGGACGACUACUAAUUCCGAUGGAUCGGUCGAAACCGACUCUGGAGUCGUCAUUGUGAGCACCAACUCUGCGGGUUCGUUCUUGACUACUACGUCUGAGUUCCCUAACUUGACUAGUUACACGACGACAUGGACGACUACUAAUUCCGACGGUUCGUUCGAAACCGACUCUGGUAUUGUGAUCAUCAGCACCAACUCUGCGGGUUCGUUCUUCACUACUACGUCUGAGUUCCCUAACUUGACUAGUUACACGACGACAUGGACGACUACUAAUUCCGACGGUUCGUUCGAAACCGACUCUGGUAUUGUGAUCAUCAGCACCAACUCUGCGGGUUCGUUCUUCACUACUACGUCUGAGUUCCCUAACUUGACUAGUUACACGACGACAUGGACGACUACUAAUUCCGAUGGAUCGGUCGAAACCGACUCUGGUAUUGUGAUCAUCAGCACCAACUCUGCGGGUUCGUUCUUCACUACUACGUCUGAGUUCCCUAACUUGACUAGUUACACGACGACAUGGACGACUACUAAUUCCGACGGUUCGUUCGAAACCGACUCUGGUAUUGUGAUCAUCAGCACCAACUCUGCGGGUUCGUUCUUCACUACUACGUCUGAGUUCCCUAACUUGACUAGUUACACGACGACAUGGACGACUACUAAUUCCGAUGGAUCGGUCGAAACCGACUCUGGUAUUGUGAUCAUCAGCACCAACUCUGCGGGAUCGUUCUUCACUACUACGUCUGAGUUCCCUAACUUGACUAGUUACACGACGACGUGGACGACUACUAAUUCCGAUGGAUCGGUCGAAACCGACUCUGGUAUUGUGAUCAUCAGCACCAACUCUGCGGGAUCGUUCUUCACUACUACGUCUGAGUUCCCUAACUUGACUAGUUACACGACGACGUGGACGACUACUAAUUCCGAUGGAUCGGUCGAAACCGACUCUGGUAUUGUGAUCAUCAGCACCAACUCUGCGGGUUCGUUCUUCACUACUACCUCUGAGUUUCCAAAGUCAAUAGCGGGAACCGAAUACACCACGACAUGGACGACUACUAAUUCCGAUGGAUCGGUCGAAACCGACUCUGGUAUUGUGAUCAUCAGCACCAACUCUGCGGGAUCGUUCUUCACUACUACGUCUGAGUUCCCUAACUUGACUAGUUACACGACGACGUGGACGACUACUAAUUCCGAUGGAUCGGUCGAAACCGACUCUGGUAUUGUGAUCAUCAGCACCAACUCUGCGGGAUCGUUCUUCACUACUACGUCUGAGUUCCCUAACUUGACUAGUUACACGACGACGUGGACGACUACUAAUUCCGAUGGAUCGGUCGAAACCGACUCUGGUAUUGUGAUCAUCAGCACCAACUCUGCGGGUUCGUUCUUCACUACUACCUCUGAGUUUCCAAAGUCAAUAGCGGGAACCGAAUACACCACGACAUGGACGACUACUAAUUCCGAUGGAUCGGUCGAAACCGACUCUGGUAUUGUGAUCAUCAGCACCAACUCUGCGGGAUCGUUCUUCACUACUACGUCUGAGUUCCCUAACUUGACUAGUUACACGACGACAUGGACGACUACUAAUUCCGAUGGAUCGGUCGAAACCGACUCUGGAGUCGUCAUUGUGAGCACCAACUCUGCGGGUUCGUUCUUCACUACUACGUCUGAGUUCCCUAACUUGACUAGUUACACCACGACAUGGACGACUACUAAUUCCGACGGUUCGUUCGAAACCGACUCUGGAGUCGUCAUUGUGAGCACAACUCUGCGGGUUCGUUCUUCACUACUACGUCUGAGUUCCCUAACUUGA